CUGCUGUUGCCAAAAUAGUAGGCAAUAAUGUAAAAAAAUUGCAAAAGUUUGCUUCCACAGUGAAGAUGUGGGUCUUUGAGGAGAAUAUUAACGGGAGAAAACUGACGGAUAUCAUAAAUAAUGAACAUGAAAAUGUAAAAUACCUCCCUGGAUACAAGCUGCCAGAUAAUGUGGUUGCUGUCCCAAACCUUAAUGAAGCUGUACAGGAUGCAGACUUGCUGGUAUUUGUCAUUCCUCAUCAGUUCAUUCAUAAAGUCUGCGAUGAAAUCACAGGACGCGUACCCAAGAAAGCGCUUGGUAUAACUCUCAUAAAGGGAAUAGAUGAAGGCCCAGAGGGACUCAAACUGAUCUCUGACAUUAUUCGAGAGAAGAUGGGAAUAGACAUCAGUGUGCUGAUGGGAGCUAACAUUGCCAAUGAGGUGGCAGCAGAGAAAUUCUGUGAAACCACAAUAGGCAGCAAAAUCUUGGAAAACGGCCUUCUCUUCAAAGAACUCCUGCAGACUCCAAACUUCCGAAUAACUGUAGUAGAUGAUGCAGAUACGGUUGAGCUUUGUGGUGCUCUGAAGAAUAUAGUAGCAGUAGGAGCUGGGUUCUGUGAUGGCCUUUGCUGCGGUGACAAUACCAAAGCUGCUGUUAUUCGCCUUGGCCUAAUGGAGAUGAUUGCCUUUGCCAGAAUUUUUUGCAAAGGACAGGUGUCUACUGCCACUUUCCUGGAGAGCUGUGGAGUUGCUGAUCUCAUCACAACGUGUUACGGUGGCCGGAAUCGACGUGUAGCAGAAGCAUUCGUUAAAACUGGAAAGUCUAUUGAAGAAUUGGAGCAAGAAAUGUUGAAUGGUCAGAAACUGCAGGGACCGCAGACCUCUGCAGAAGUGUAUCGCAUCCUCAAGCAGAAAGGAAUGCUGGAAAAGUUUCCACUAUUCACUGCUGUGUAUCAAAUCUGCUAUGAAGGGAAGCCUGUCAGAGAGAUGAUAUCCUGCCUUCAGAGUCAUCCAGAGCACAUAUAAAAUCAAUCAGGCCAUUGUACUAAUGCAGCUUUCUGCCUUUCAAAUUCAUAUUUGGGUUCAAGUGGAUGUAUCGUUAAGCUUCGUUCAAAGCUGCUCGCUAGGCAACAGUAACAACGUGAAUGUCUCUGAAUGGGUAUUGGGUUUUGUUUUACAGCCUAGUUUGACACAGCAUGCAGUGUUGACUUGGUGAUUGUCGUUUUACUGGCUAAAAUACAACUGUUUUAAGAUGCGCAAUGCAAAAGUUGCACUACAUAUCUAGUGUAUGUAGACAAGUGUACUUUGUGUGUGUUCCUACAUCAUAAACCACAAUGUUUUGUUGUCUCUUAUUAAGGCUUAGUCCAAAAUCCCCUGGACACCAUGGGAAGAAUCCCACUGGUUUUGAUGAAGAUGGAAUCAAGCCUGUAACCUUGAAAUAUUAGUUUUUCUAUUAGAACUUGUUUUCAUUCUGCAUACACACUGAAGUGUUAACAUUUUGCAUGUUUACCAUUACAUUAAUUUAAGCAAUAUUAAUGCAAAACAAG